AUGUCGUUGCCAAAAGAGUCAGGAAACAGAGGUAAAGAACGGGAGAGGGGAGCCCGUCCAAAGGUGAGACAAAGCCGCUCAGAAGAAAGGCGAGAUGCAGUUGGUGGCCGGAAAGGUGGAAAGGGGAAAAAGAAAAAUCUCUCUUCUCAUGAAAAAGCAGCUGAGCGGCCUGUGAGCGACGGCUUUGAAUAUGGAGAACUUCUGAGCGAACUGGAUGCCAGACACCAAACUUCGUCCUCUCCUCAGAGGGAGAGUUGGAAAUGGCAGGGCUUGGACGCCACAGCAUUGUUACUCGGGCAGGAGGGAUUUCCAGCCAGACCGGGCGUCGGAGUGGUUAGCGUGGCUACAGAGUUACCUGCUGUCAGUGAAGCAGAUGGCAGAGGGGCGAGCAGCAGUCGCACUCUCAGGCAAAAAAUCCAAGAUGCCAUGGGGCAGUGUUUCCCGAUAAAGACACACAGUGCAGCAGCACCCGCAUCAGCACAACCGGCUUUUCCAGCGUCGGCUCCCUGUGCCUCCUCCAGGCGGAAAAUCCAUCUCAGUGAGCUGAUGUUGGAUGACUGCCCUUUCCCUGUAGGAUCAGAGCUGGCUCAGAAAUGGUAUCUCAUUAAGCAACACACGGCCCCCAUUACUCAGCCUCCCCUGCUAGAUUCUCCAGUAGUUUGCAGUUCUCCAGCUUCCACCCUCCCUCCUGUGGUGGAGGAUGUAGAUGAUAGGUUACGAGAACGCCGGCGCAUCAGCAUUGAACAAGGCGUGGAGCCACCACCCAAUGCAGAGAUCCAUACAUUUGAGGUGACAGCUCAAAUUAACCCUCUCUACAAGCAUGGCCCUAAGCUGGCUCAUGGGAUGAAUGAUUUAACCGGGCCGGACAGAACCUCUGCACAUCAACAGCAGCAGCUUCUUCUCCAAAGACAACAGCAACACCAACUCCUACUGCAGAGCUGUUUAGACACUCUUGAUGAGGUUGUGGCAUCAGCGUCGGCCUCCGUCCACAGCUGUGACAUAGCCCCUGACCCUGUGGUCGACGAAGAGGAAACAGCCACCAGCAUGACUUCCAGAGCCAUGUUUCCUCCGACCGAGCAAAAGCAAUGUCAUGAUGGCUACCGUGUUCACACUCAGAUAGAUUACAUUCACUGUUUAGUCCCAGACCUGCUGCGGAUCACCAACCUCACAUGUUACUGGGGAGUCAUGGACCGCUACGAGGCAGAAACGCUGCUGGAGGGGAAGCCAGAGGGCACUUUCCUCUUGCGCGACUCGGCCCAGGAAGACUACCUCUUCUCUGUUAGCUUCCGACGCUAUGGGCGCUCACUUCAUGCUCGCAUCGAACAGUGGAACCACAAUUUCAGUUUCGAUGUUCACGAUCCCAGUGUCUUCCACGCUCCCACAGUCACAGGGUUGUUAGAGCACUACAAGGAUCCCAACUCCUGCAUGUUCUUUGAGCCCCUCCUGUCAAACCCCAUCCACCGCACACAGCCUUUUAGCUUGCAGCGCAUCUGCAGGGCAGUCAUAAGCAGCUGUACCACCUAUGAUGGCAUAAACUUGCUCCCAAUUCCAAAUGCUUUGAAAAAACACUUGAAAGAAUACCACUAUAAACAGAGGGUGCGUGUACGGCGGAUGGAUACGUGGUGGGAAUGA